AUUGAUUCGAGUAGGGCCGGGCAUUUUAUCCGAUAUCCGAACAGACUUGAAAAACCCGAACCUGAAUCCGAACCGAAGUAGCAAAAUCUCCGAACGGGUUUUGUAUUAAAUAAGUUUGGGUACUCGAACCCGAUCGGAUAUAUCUGAAACCCGAAGUCAUCCAAACAUAUGUAUACUUUAAUCCAAAUCUACAUCUUUCAUCAAUAUCUUAGCCGAUUUUGGUUUAAUUAAUAUUAUAUAAAAUCAAUACCAAAUCGCUAUUUUUCCUAACCUAAACGUGUGCACAUAUAUAUAUAUAUAUAUAUAUAUACAUGAAUAUGUAUAUUUUUCUUAAACGUAAGAGAUUAAAGCACCAUCUCCAUCUCUUAUCUCUUGUCUUCUCUCUACAAGAUCUUUUUUUUUUUAAUAUUGUUCUUUUCACAAUCUAUGUAAGGUUUCUCAGAGACAUUAAUUGUUGCCGUCAUCAAUGAUAACCAUCAUAACGUCCCUGUAACAACCGGAGCCACCUCGAACCAUCUUGUUGUUCUUCAUACGAAGGGAUAGUUUCCAUCUAUGAAGCUUCUCUUGUUACUAUCGAUCAUGUUACAUAACGAAAUCAAAUGAAGAAAUUUUUUUUUACAAGAAUUAUGUGGUUUAAAUUUAUCAAAUGCUUUGAUUUUUUCGGUUAUAUCCAAAAUACUCAAACCCGAACUAAAAAUAUUUGAAUCCGAUCAGAAGUGUAGAAAUACCCAACCAGAUUUUAUACUUCUAUACCGAAAUAUCUGAUCAUCCAAAAUUUCUGAUCCGAACCCGAACGGAUAUCCCCGACCGAUAGAGUAGAUUCGAGAACAAGGCUUUUGUAGACUCCGAGCUGUUUCCUAUCGUUUUACUAUAAUACCCCCCUUUAUUAAAAAAAAAUCGUUACCGGUAAGCUAAUCAUAAAACCGGUUGAUGAUGGUUCCAGCUCUAUUUAACUGAUUCGAGAAGAAGGCUCUUGUUUCCUUUUCAGCUAUUCAUCUUCUUCAUUAAAGGGUUUUGCGCUCAUCUGUUUCUCUCUUUCUCUCUCCCCGUGAUGACGACGAGAUCUGAUUCCGACGAAUGUCUUGCUCAGAACCCACUAACCUCCUCUGAGAAAGCUUCGAUUUUUCGAGAUGGGUUUUCACAAGAGUCGCUAAAGGCCGUUUCUUUGCCGCCACUAGAGAAGGAGGACUCUGUUCGCGAGAUGAUGAGCUCAGAGAAGGAAGUAAAGUCUCCUCCUUUGGCUUCUGUUCUUGAGAAAGAUGAAGAAACCAUCCGUUCGGAAUCUGCUGAAGCAUCUUUCUCCAAAGAACGCGAGUCUAUGGACGUGGAUUGUCAUGGAGUCUUCUCUGUUCCUGAAACCACCUCUGCGCUUCUUGAAGAAGAUGGGAUCCUUGAGGAGCGGCAACGGGUCAAAGAAACGUCUGCAGAAGCCGAUCAAGUUGGAAAUGAUGUGCACAAGAUGGAGGAAGCUGUUGAGGCUGAUGGGUCCGUUGUUUGUAUCUCUGAGAAGAAGGGACAAGAAGAUUCCGAUGUUCAGGCUGACGUGGACACGCUUGCAAUGGCUUCUGAUGUCCGUAUCAUCGAAAAGAACGGGAACCACCAGCAUCAGAAGGUGGAGAGAGUGAGAGUCAAGGACAACGCUUUCGUUGGGAGAUCGGUGAAGAUCGAUGUGGUUGAUGACACUGCGUUGCUCAACGUUGUUCCUUUCUCCAAGAAGGCUAAAGACCAUCCUAAGCAUAAGAAAAACGGAGGGAAACACAUUGUUGGUGAGAAGGGAAAUGCUUCAAAGGAUGUUGAAGGGAAUGAGUUGAGGAUAAUGUACUCUUUAAGCCAGAUGAAGUCGAUGAGGUAUGCUAACAUGGGGAAUCAGAAGAAACUAUGGUGUGACGUGUACGCCAGGCUGCUGCCUGACCUGGUGAAUGAGUACGAAGGUCUAGUAGUUAGCUUGAAGAAUCAGAAGAAUUCAAAGUCUAACAUGAGGGAGAGCGGCAUAGGCACCAAAGAAGUUAUAGAUGAUUUAACUCUUGAAGAAGUAGGAGAAGAGGAGUACAGUGAAGAGAAUGACGAUUACAAUAGCAUUUUGAAACCUGCGUUUGCGGUUGAUGGAGAACCUGAUUUUGAAUCUGGACCACCAGAAGAUGGCUUUGAAUACUUGAGACGAGUCAGGUGGGAGGCUAAGCGUGUUCCAAAUGUAAAAGUAGCCAAGAUAGAUGAAAGCAAGUACAUAACCAAAGAGCAAAGUGUUUACAUGCCACAGAUACCUGAAAUCCCCAAGUGUCCAGAGCACUUAUUACCUCUCAAGGAAUGGGAAGACUCAUUGCUUUCUGACUUCUCACACCUUCGCUCGGUACUUGAUGAGACCAUGCCAUCAAAUCAGUCCAUAGAAGAUGUGCUCAUGGAGAUAUUCAACAAGCGUCUCCACACUGUUCCAGAUGAGUCAUUUGGUGGGUUGGUUUCAGACAUACAAGGAAUGGACUCGGUGACGCAAGUAUCAAGGUUGAAAAAACGUAUAGUUUUGGUUGAGAAGGAGAGCCGGUUAGAGAGGAGUGACUGCAAAUGGGUGGUAGCGUUAUGUGCAUCGGUGGAGACUCCUUUGGAUGGUGAUACUUGCGCUUGUCUCAGGGCUUUUCUGAGGAAGUGUGCGAGUCUUCGUGCGUUAGAGGUUGAAGAUGAACAAGUUAUCAUCAUGGCUAAUAUGCUCAUCACCAUCGCAGGCAGAUACUUUGGCCAAAUGAAGUAAGAGACGAACUUAGUUGACAAUUGAUGCUAUUUACUUUGAAUCAUUGCAUGAGAAUAUAUUAUCAAAAAAAAUCAUUGCAUGAGAAUAAAAUUUAUGACUAAUUUAUUGUUUUAAAAAUAUAAAAUAUUAUUUUCAACAGCAAAAAUAUAAAAUUAUAGAUAUAAUAUAAUAUCCACAAAUAAAAAAAAUUAUGUAUUGUUUUUUUUUGUAAACCAGAAAAAAAAUUAUGUAUUGUUAAAAAAAUUAUGUAUAAAUCACUUAUAACUAUGGCCAUUAUGUAUAUUGAUUAAGGUACUUUAUUUCUACAUCAUACUGCAUUAUGUAUAGAACAAUACAAAAGGUUAUGUAAGAUAGAGAAUAUAUAUGCUUGUUUUGAAACGCUCCCAGACACUCUUCUCGAGAACGGUCCUUAACCUUUUCAGC